AUGCAUCUUGCAGAGUAUCUUUUCCGUCGCUGUCAUCAGAUUGGCAUCAGAGGUGUCUUUGGUGUACCCGGAGACUUCAAUCUCAUUGCCCUGGACUAUAUAGAAGAAUGUGGUCUCAACUGGGUUGGUAAUGUUAAUGAACUAAACGCUGGAUAUGCGGCCGAUGGAUACGCACGAAUCAAGGGAAUAUCCGCAAUUGCCACAACUUUCGGGGUGGGCGAGCUCUCUGCUUUGAAUGCGAUCGCAGGUGCAAGUGCUGAGCUUGUCCCCGUGAUCCACAUCGUCGGCUUUCCCUCGACCGCUAUUCAAGACAAGAAGCUUCCUAUUCAUCAUACCCUGGCAGAUGCCGACUUUGAGCUGUUUAUGAAAAUGAGUGAGCGCCUUUCUAGUGCUACAAUUCUGUUAAGAGAACCAUCAGAGGCGACGAAGGCAAUUGAUGACACUAUUGUUGAGUGCUAUCGCUCUAGCAAGCCCGUGUAUAUUGGCUUUCCAAUAGAUCUUGUGAAGGCAGAAGUCGAUCCAGCCCCGCUGGAACAUUCAUUAUGGCUUCGCACCCCACCAGCUAAUGCUACCAGUGAGGAAGAGGCGGCCGUGAACGUCAUUAGAGACCGGCUAUUCAAGGCUCAAAACCCGGUAAUUCUGGUCGAUAGCCUUGCAGGGAGAUAUCAAGGGUUGCAUGUCAGCAGAACCUUUGUUGAAAAAUCAAGCCUACCUUGCUGUGCUUUUCCAAUGGCAAAGGGGGUUAUCAAUGAGAGUCUACCGAAUUUCCGCGGUAUAUAUGCCGGUGGGGUAUCUAAUCCAGGUGUUCUAGAACUAGUCAAAUCCAGCGACCUGAUUCUUCAUAUUGGUCCUCGUCCAACGGACUUAAAUACUGGAGGUUUCACGAGCGACACACCCGACAUAGACACGAUUGUGUUUCACCGGGACAGCGUGUUUAUUCAAGGACAUACCAUCUCCAAUAUCUCUCUGGAGAACGUCCUUGGGAAGCUAUCCGAGGCCAUUUCCGCCUCAACAGCGGUCUCACCAGUAUCUUCCUCGCCCAGUGGACAUCAUACCUCUCCGCCAAGUUCGGUCGACGUAGAACCUCCAAAUACGUCUUUGAAAGAGCCAAUGCCGGUCUGCGGCAGAAAAUUAGACACCAGCUCCCCAGUGACACAUGACUGGCUAUGGGAGCGAAUUAGCUCUUGGUUGGAAGAAGAUGAUAUCAUAGUAAUGGAUAUGGGCACAUCGGCUCUCGGUGGGCUUUGGUGCCGCCAUCCCCGCGGUGCCCAGUCAAUAUUCCAAUUACUAUGGAGCUCGAUUGGAUACGCACUAGGAGCAACAGUGGGGGCAGCCAUCGCGGCACGGGAGCAAGAGACAGAAUCCGAGACUCCACGCAAACGACGCACUAUUCUGUUUACCGGCGACGGAAGCUUGCAGAUGACAGCACAAGAAAUCAGCACCCUGGUCCGUCAAGAACUCAGUCCAAUUCUUUUCGUCAUUUGUAACGAGGGAUAUACAAUCGAGCGGUAUAUUGAUGGGUGGGAUAAGAGUUACAACGAUAUACAGCCUUGGGACUAUAAACUUCUUCCUGCUGUGUUCAACCCCAAGCCAGAUACUUUGAGGACGUAUAGUGCUCACACAAAGGGGGAACUUGAAUCGCUGCUCAAUGAUGAUCAAUUUGGACCUGCUGAAAACUUUAAUGAAGAUAUGCCUGCUCCUUUGCGCUUGGUUGAAAUUCAUAUGGACAAACACGAUGCCCCGCACACAUUGCCGGAAAUGAUUUCCGGGCUGCAGGGAAAGAAAUAG